GGCCGCGUCCACUCCCAGCUCGGCCGGCCCAGCACCCCCGUGGGACCCCGCGGUGUGCACACCUUGGCCCGCGGGGUGGCACCGAGCCCCAGGCAGUCGACUCGCUCACUGCACCUGUGCACUGACUUCCAGAAAACGAAGGGUGAACGCGCUCCAGGCACGCAGCGGGCCAGGGUGCAGAGGGGCCUGCCCGGGCCCCGCCUACUUCACCAAGCCCCGCCCCCAGGGCGCCAGAGCCCUCCCGGUUCACCAAGCCCCGCCCCCAGGGCUCCAGGGCCUUCCCCAUAUCACCAGGCUCCGCCCCCCAGGCCUCUCCCGGUCUCAUCAAGCCCCGCCCCGGGGCUCCAGGCUCCGCCUUCUCCCUACGGUCUGACCCCGCCAGUCGCGUCCAGCGCGGCCUUUGCACAACCCGGAACAGGUGCCCUUCCGGCCGACGCAGGCUCGGACCGCUGGACGCUGGGACAGGCCGCCCGGAGACCAAUCCCGCCGCGCGCGGGCCACGACGUCCCCCGCAGGGCCCGCCCCCCGGCCCGGGGACCCCCGAGCGGCGCCCACCCGAGGCCGAUGCCCGCCCGGGAACGCACCAAGGCCCGCAGCUCCCGGCGACGCCCGCAGGCCCGCCCCCCUGGCCCAGGACCCCCUCAACUGGCGCCUCGCGCCCCCAAAACCAGCGCCCCCCAUCCUCGGUGCCAGCCACAGCCCGCGGCCCAUGGGGCGAAGCCCAGGAAGAUCGUGUUCGAGGAUGAGCUGCCUUCGCGGGCCUCCCGGGGCACCAAGCGACCUGUCGGAGCCGCCGCCACCCAGCCCCUGCCCAGGCCUGACCCGGUACCCGACUAUGAGCUUAAGUACCCGCGGGUGAGCAGUGAGAGAGACAGGAGCCGCUACGCCGCCGUGUUCCAGGAUCAGUACGGGGAGUUCGUGCAGCUCCAGCAGGAGCUGGUGUGCGCGCAGGCGAGACUCCGGCAGCUGGAGGCCCUGCUGGCCUCGGUGCCCCCUCCGCGGAGCCAGAGGGAGGCCCAGGCCGCUGACCGCGUGUGGAGGGAGCUGGAGAAGAAGCGGACGGUGAGCCCCGGCCCCAGCCCCCGCGCCACCCGGUUCCCCCGCACAUACCCAUUUCCAAGGAGGGGAAAACCGAGGCUGGGCAAGGAAGGGUGAGCUCGCCCCGGCCAGCACGUCCCGCCUCUCACCCCGCCCAGGACCCCCGGCUUCCUGGACAAGCAGGCCCGCUGCCGCUACCUCCAGGGUAAACUGAGGCACCUCAAGGGGCAGAUCCAGAAAUACCAUGAGCAAGUAGACAGCGAGGGCUCCGUGUACUUCUGAUUCUGGCCACGGCCUGGGGGCUCUGCUUCGGCCGCCUCCUCCUCCAGGAAGCCUUCCAGGGACUUCCCUGCAGCCCGGAACCCGGCAGGACUCCCCCGCCCCAGGAAGUAGGGCUUGCUCUCCAUCCCAGUGGAAUAAACAUGUAGUAGACGCC